CCGUCUUUAUCGAAAAAAAUAUCCCCAGAAAAAGUCGCGGCAAGCAACGUUGACCUGACUUUUUGGCCGUGGAAGCUGCGUCUCUAUGCGCCCAGCAUCUUUCGGCACGACCUCGUCCCCCUAGCAAUGGACUCGACACCGGCAAAGCGGAGGAAGCUUGACCACUCGCAAGAUGAUGCCGAGAUCCUCUUGCAAUCCGCAGCCUCAACCGGGAUCUCUCGGUCUAGGGCCUUUAUUCUCGAGACAGAAGAGCUACUAGAUUCGGUGCGCUUGGAUUACGAAACCGCUCUGGAUGGCGCCGACAAUCUUUUGCACCGGAUUAAAGGCACGAUUGAGGGCAUUAAACCCCAUGAGGCGCUCCCGAUCGCUCAAGCAGCGUCCAAGCUCGAGAAGACAACCAAGAUUAAAGUUCCCUUCCCAGACCCGCAGCCGCAGGAGAACUCCAACUACAAGGUUGCAUUUGCCAAACCAGCACAAUUCAAUGUUGUCGGUAGCUAUGUCUCCAAGACGAUGAUCAAGACGCAAAAGGACCACGGCGUCGAUAUGGUGAUCGUCAUUCCCAAGGAGAUCCUGCAAGAGAAGGAUUAUCUUCACCUGCGUUACUUCUACAAGCGGGCGUACUAUCUGGCUGUCGUCGCCUCUUCGCUGCGGGAAGAAUUCGGGAGUGAGGCCCAGUUGUCCUACGAAUAUCUCAACGGCAACCCUCUGUGCCCCGUUCUCGCCAUCCAGCCAAACGUCUCGAAAGAAGCAGAAUUGGAGACGUCGGGAAAAGGGAGGGUCUUGGAUUUCAGGAUACGGAUUCUACCUUGCGCGCCAGACGGCUUCUUCCCAACAGCAAAACUCCAUCUGGGGGCCACUCUCGUUCGCAAGAACCGCGAUGGUGAAUCGAAUACUUCUGAACCCACGUCGUUUUACAACUCGACACUCGUUGCCGAGAGCUGCUUUCUGCCAUACCUCAAGGUCCUCCGGCAAGCGGAAAAGAAAUGCGCAGCCUUCAAGAACGCCUGCAUUUUAGGCCGUAUCUGGCUACAACAAAGAGGUUUCGGCGGGGACAUUUCGCAGGGUGGAUUUGGCCACUUUGAAUGGGCGGUUCUACUAGCCCUCCUCCUUCAAGGUGGUGAGGCCAAAGCUCUCUCUCCCUCGCUCAGCGCCACCCAACUAUUCAAGGCCCUCGUCCAGUUCUUGUCGGUGACCAACUUCGCCGAGAAACCUUGCGUCUUUGGCCCCGGGAAACCGGAUCUGGAAUCUUACUGUGAAGUCACCCCAAUCCUCUACGAUUCUGCUAGGCAACUCAACAUUGCGUUCAAAAUGGGUCCUUGGUCGGCUGCUUUGCUUCAUCAACACGCGAAAUGGACGAGAAGCUUGCUUGCUAACAGCUCGGUGGACCAAUUCAAUCCGACCUUCAUUCUUAAGGCGGACAUCCCAUUACACAGCUUCGACCUGGUUGCGCGUCUGAAGAUCGAUGAGGCACCAGCAGACACAGGUGCGGACUCGCGGGGGCCAGCCUGGCAAGUCAGCAACAAGGCUUAUCAGAUCCUGAAACGGGCUCUGGUCGACAAGGAGAUGGGGCAAAGAGCCCGCUUAAUCCACAUGCAAGUUCCGGCUUGCCACCGGUCAUGGCCCCUGACUGAGGGACUCGGGUCGCAGGCCACAUCACCAGUGGAGAUAAGAAUACUUUUUGACCCCAUUAACAUGGCGCGGACCGUUGACCGCGGCCCGUCUGCCGGACCAAGCGCCGAAGAAAAGAAGGCGUGCGAGAACUUCCGUAAGUUCUGGGGUGAUAAAUCCGAGCUCAGACGCUUUGAGCGUGACUCCAUCCGGGAAACGCUCAUUUGGACCUCGACCACGCCUUUCGGUAUCUGCGAGGAGAUCAUUCGGUACAUUCUCGGUCGGCACCUGCGCAUUGGACACCUCCAUGAGGAGAUAAGCGUCUAUGGCGACGGGCUUCCUGCCUUGUUAUCCCUGAAGCCCGCCGACACAGCUUCGUUUAAUGUGGCCAAGAAGGCAUUCGGUGCCUUUGAACGCGAUAUUCGGGAUCUGGAUGAGUUGCCCCUCCGCGUCAGACAGGUCGCCCCCAUUUGCCCGGAACUCCGGCAGGCGUCUGUCAAGACUCCAACAUUUGGAUCGUCAAAAUCGGGCCCUCGGCCACUGGAAUGCGUCAUCUCAUUCGAGGCGUCGGGCAAAUGGCCCGACAGCCUUGUUGCCAUCCAGCGGACAAAGAUCGCUUUUCUCUUGAUGAUCGGCAGCCUCCUAGAGCGCAGCAAGCCCGGCGAGCUCAAGACGCACGUCGGGCUUGAGAACGCCAAGUAUGAAACUGAGAAUCUUGCCUUUCUAGACGUUAUUUACGAAUCUGGACCCUCGUUCCGUCUUCGGAUACACAGCGAUCUGGAGGAGUCGCUGCUAGAACGUCAGGUCAAGGAUAAAACAUCGGAGCAGUACCUUAGACAGCGGGCCACGACACUCCUCGCGACAUUCAGGCGGCUAUACACCAACCUACCUCUGCACAACCAAUACAUUUCCACUUGCGCCACGCGCUUCCCGGCCUUGUCACCGACGAUUCGUCUCGUCAAACACUGGUUCAACGUCCACAAGCUGUCAUGCCACUUUACCGAGGAGUUCAUCGAACUCGCCGUUCUCCACGUCUUCCUCUCUCCAUACCCUUGGGAUGCUCCCUCGAGCAUCAACACUGGUUUCAUGCGAACCUUGUUAUUCCUUUCCCAUUGGGAUUGGCGCUCAGAGCCCCUAGUGGUCGACACGAGCGGUGAGAUGACGGCAUCAGAAAGGGCAUCGAUCUCGACCCGCCUUGAAGCGUGGCGUAAGAUUGACCCCAAUAUGAACCACACCGUUCUCCUUGUAGCCACCUCCCAGGAGCCAAGCGGGGUCGCGUGGACGACAGCAGAUGGCCAGGCGAAGCCAUCAAAAGUGGUUGCCGCACGGAUGACGUCCCUCGCUAAGAGCGCCUCCCGUUUGAUCAGGGAGCAGGGUGUGGAACUCGACCACCGGCGGUUGUUUGUGCCUUCGCUUAAGGAGUACGAUGUCCUCAUCCACCUGAACAGCAAGGCGUUCAAGAGCACGCUAAAGACGUAUGCCAACAUCGAUCCCGAAGAGGAAGAGGAAGUCGCCCGGCCCAAAUUCAAGAAUCUUGACGAGCGGACUGGACAGGAGCCACUGCCUUUGGCGCAGCAUCCUGCGGAUCUGUUUUUGGAGCACCUCAAUGCAACAUACGGAGGACCACUCGUUUUCUUCCGUGGUAGUGUGGAGGACAACACCAUCGGGGCGAUCUGGAACCCACAGAUGCAAAGGCGGAGUUUCAGGAUUAACCUGCCGACUUCCUACAAGCCUGUAGCAGCAGGGAAGAAACAAUCCAAGAGCGACGAACACGAAGAUGAUGAGGAGGCGGACUUAGUAGAUGUCAACAAAGAGGCGAUCUUAUCAGAGAUUGCGAGAAUCGGGGCGGAUUUGGUGGAAAAGAUCGAGGUGAAAAGUGCAUCAUAAUGAGCUGCCUUCGAUGAGUGUACACUGAAUAGAACAAUCUCGGGGAAACCACCACAGAAUUGCUUAGUGAACCACGUCAAUUUGAUCAUCAUACGCGAAUCCCAUCACACAAAAUGCGAACCGU